AUGCCCCCCAAACGACGAGGCGGCGGAGCUCCCAAAGAGAGAAAGACCCGACAGUCGAAACUUGCGAAAGAAAACAACAUCACCGCGGAGGAGGAGAAUGAGAUAAAAGAGGCGUUCGGCCUUUUCGCAGACAAAAACGAUGAGUUUCAAGACCAGAAGGAGGGUGUCAUGCGAACAGAAGACGUUCGACGAGCUCUUGUAGCACUCGGUCUCCCUCCAGAUUCAGCCUCAGAGCUAUCAUCGAUUAUUGCUGCGGUGGAUCCCACCUCCACGGGCUUCGUCACAUAUGACGCCUUUGUCUCUGUCGCAGCCGCGAAACUCCAUAUGCGUAGCGACGACGCACUUGCUGCGGAAGUUGAUGCAGCCUACCGUCUUUUCACCCAAGGAUCGGACGGGCCUAUAACGAUAAAUCACCUGCGACGAAUAGCUCGGGAUUUGAAGGAGGACAGCGUUAAAGAUGAGCUGUUGAAGGAUAUGAUUCGGGAAGCAAAUGGGGGUGACAGCCUACAGCAGGGAGUGACAUUAGAACAGUUUCGUGAUGUUAUGUCUAGAGCGGGGGUUUUUUGA